CUUUGUUCUUACUAAAGUUUUUAACUUAUUGUUUUUACUGUUAAUUUGUUGCAUUGAUACUGUUUUUAGUUAGGUGGGUAGAUGGGGCUCUACUAAAUUUUGUAGCUUUCUUACUUUUUUUUCUUUCCAAUUUACCCUCUUCUUCUCAUCCUUUUUUUCCUCGCUCACUCUCUCUCUAUUUCUGGUUCUUUCUCUUCUUUUUUGGCUUCUGUUUGUGGCGGAUAAAUCGGUGACUCUAUUUCCAAAUCCCAAACAAAAUCAAAACAGAAAAGCCUCACUCUUUCUUCCAACAAAACCCAUCUUUUUUCCCUUUCCAGGUUUAAAGAUUAGGGUUUUUUUUGAGUUUGUGAUCUUGGAUUAUAUGCAGAGGCUAUGUAAAUGGAAGGUGAAAGUGAGUACCGCUGUUGGGAUGAGCUGAUUCCUGAUGCACUCAGCCUUAUCUUUAGAAAUCUUUCUCUGCAAGAGCUACUAACUGUGGUCCCUAGGGUUUGCAAAUCAUGGAACAGAGCAGUUUCGGGGCCUUACUGUUGGCUAGAGAUUGAUAUUCAGGAAUGGAGUGAAAAACGCGACCCUCGUCACAUUGAUCGCAUGCUUAGAAUGUUGAUCACUAGAAGCUGUGGUUCACUUCGCAAGCUCUGCGUCAGUAGCAUCCCCGAUGAUGCUUUUUUCUCGUUCCUUGCUGACCAUGCUGGAUCCCUUCAAACAUUGAGGAUGCCAAGAAGUGAAAUAAGUGACUCAAUUGCAGAGCAGAUUGCUGGAAGGCUUUCGACGCUCACUUUCUUGGAUGUGAGCUGUUGUAAUAAAAUCGGUGCUUGUGCUUUAGAGGCUAUCGGAAAGAACUGUAAAUUGCUUUUGGGGCUGUGCCGGAAUGUGGAGCUAACAUCUACAGCCGAUCAGCUCCCACAAAAUAAUGAGGCUCAAGCCAUUGCUAACACGAUGCCUAAGCUGAAGCAUUUAGAGAUGGCGUACCACCUUCUUAUCAACACAGAUAGCGUGCUGAAGAUCCUUUCGAGCUGCCCUGAGCUCGAGUUUCUGAAUUUGACAGGAUGCUGGGAUGUGAAACUCGAUAAUAACCUCCUCAAGGAGAAGUUUCCUAAACUCAAGGUGUUGGGACCUCAUUUACUGGAGUAUUACGACAUGAAUGAUUGGGAGGAUUACUGCUCCGAAUAUUCAGAUGCUUAUUCCGAUGCUUCCGAGUAUUUCGCCUGGGAAAUCUUUUCCGGCGACAUGGAAGACUUUGAUGAUGACGACGAUGAUAGUUAUGAUGGAAUGUGGGGUGAUGAACAAGGGCUGGAGGAACUCGAGCUAAGGUUUUACGAAGGAAUGGACAAUGCUGCAUUAUAUGGUUGGCCUCCAUCUCCAUAGCUUUAUGUUUCCUUUGUUCAGUGUUUUUUUAUAUUUCUGCACUAAAUGCAUCAACCUAGUACUUGCUUUAUGCUCUAUGAAUAUAUAAAUAUGUUUCAAUAGAAAUGAAUGAAGUUGUAUGCUUUUGUAUCACAA